CUUUUUAAACCUAUGUAUAGAGCCAUUAUUCCAUUACAUCUGCACCCAUUAGCCUCUUCUUCAUGGAGUCUCACUUAGAUUCCAUAAGCAAACCUAAUGAGAAGGAAGAAAACGAAAAUGAGUUUGAGAAAUCAUUCAAAGAGAUGAUAUCGACUCUUCCCAAAGGAAACUGUUGGGGUAUUUAUAAAUAUCUUUGCCAGUACCAAGGCUUCUGGCUUCAUCCGAGUUUUCUUCGAGGCGUCGUUUCGGCUCAGCAACAAUUCCAAGCUCAACCCACCGAUAUCAUCCUUUGCAGCGUCCCGAAAGCCGGCACAACUUGGCUGAAAUCUCUAACGUUCGCCACCAUUACAAGAACUUCAUACAACGAUUCCACCACCCCUUUGCUUUUCAAGGUGCCCCAUGAUAUCGUGCCUUUCAUGGAGCUUCAUCAUGCCCAGUUUUUCACUAAUCGAGACCGUGGAAUCCCUCUGUUGUCCACACAUGUUCCAUAUUCUUCCUUGCCAAGAUCGAUAAUCGAAUCUGGUUGUAAAAUUGUUUACAUUUGCAGGGACCCCAAGGAUUCAUUUGUUUCAUUGUACCACUUCAUUGCCAGGAUCCUAAUAUCCCGAAACGCUCAACCCCUUGGCCUCUAUGAGGCGUUCGAGUUGUUCUGUGAAGGUGAGAGUUUCUAUGGACCUUAUUGGGACCAUGUUUUGGGUUACUGGAAAGCAAGUGUGGAACAUCCGGGUAGGAUUCUGUUCUUGAAAUACGAAGACAUGAGUGAUGAUACUGAGUUUUAUGUUAAGAAAAUAGCCGAGUUCGUUGGUUAUCCUUUCUCGUCUGAGGAACAGAAAAAUGGAGUGAUUGAAAGGAUUGUGAAAAUGAGUAGCUUUGAGAAAUUAAGCAACCUGGAAGUGAAUAAAACUGGGGUUUAUGGGACGCCUAAAACUGGGUUUGUUGAGAACAAUACUUAUUUUCGGAAAGGCAAGGUUGGGGAUUGGAAGAAUUGUUUGACUGCUGAAAUGGCAGCGCAGUUGGAUCAGAUAACAAUGCAGAAACUGAGCGGUUCGAGUUUGAGUCUCUAAUCGAAUGCUGAGCAAUUGCUUCAUCAGAUCCAUUUUCGAAGCUAAUAGUGUGUACGGUUCGAGUUUGAUCUCCUUUUUCACUUCUCUUUCAAUAAAGAUUGUGUUUAAAA